AUGUUUCCGCCUGUGUCGCUGGCUGUAGAUCAGACAAGUGUACGAUGGCAUCGCAAUGAAGUUAAAGAUUCGAUUGAAGUAGUGUCAGAUAAAAAAGUGAAUUUAGAUAACGUUUUGGUUGAAGAAAUAGGUCAGUUUGGGAGGUAUCAGAUCAGGACGUUACUAUUAAUCAGCGUUGUUUUGAUAUUUGGAGGGUGGGCAGCUACGGAGUACAUAUUCACUACUGCAAGGAUUACAACCAGAUGCCUAAUCCCAGAGUGCGAAGGUCCGGAAAGUGCAGAAUUCUCUCCUGCAUGGAUUCUAAAUGCUGUGCCAAGUAAUGGUGAUUCCUUUGAUAACUGCCUUCGCUUCGACUCUAUCAAUGAGACUGUACGGAACGAGGAAUGCCCUGCGGAAUGGUUCAACCGGAAAACAACUGUGGGCUGUAGUGAAUAUGUGUACGAGAAUACCCACACCAUCGUUUAUGACUACGGCUUGGCAUGUGAGGAAUGGCGCAGAGCUUUCGUCGGGACGGCGCGUACAUUUGGUACUUUCUUGGCCCUCCCCAUCGUGGGGUUCACGUCUGACCGCUGGGGUCGGCGGUUCGCGCUCAGCCUCAACGUCGUCAACACGGCGUGGGUCGGGGUGCUGCGCUACUGGGCAGAUACUUACUACGGCUUCGUCAUUUCCGAGGUUGUCGAAGCUGCGAUUGGAUCUGGUGCCUUCUCUUGUGCCCACAUUUUAGUUAUGGAAUUAGUUGGACCAAAGUAUCGAGUUGCUGCGGGAGCGACGUUAAACACUUUCUUCUCCCUCGCCCAAGUCCUUAUGGCUCUUGCAGCUUGGGCCAUCCCCAACUGGAGGACUUUAACUCUCGUCCUUUAUGUGCCACAACUGAUAACUAUUUGUUACUACUGGAUGAUGCCCGAGUCUGUGCGAUGGUAUUUGAGUAAAGGUCGGUACGAAGAUGCUAAAGACCUUCUGAAACACGUCGCUCGAGUAAACAAGCGUCAACUGUCAGAUAAAUCAUUACAGUCGUUGAAAGAAAAUGCAGAAGCAGAUAAAAAACGAAUUGCCUCAGAGAAAGAAAUAAAAUCAAAGGAACCUUGGCUGAUCGUCCUCGUGUUUCGGAACAAAGCGAUCCUCACAAGGUGUUGCAUAUCGCCAGUGUGGUGGUUCACGAGCGCUCUGGUGUACUACGGCAUGUCAGUCAAUGCGGUCAACCUGUCUGGCAAUCGAUAUCUCAAUUACAUGGCAGUGGCUGUAGUAGACGUACCUGGAUACUGGAUAGCUGUAGUGCUAAUGGCUAGAAUCGGCAGGAAGCCUGUUCUUAUUGGCGCCUAUUGGAUAUGUGGCGCUUGUCAAUUGGGAUACAUUUUCUUGCCUCUAAAUAUGUUCGCCUUGUCUCUGAUGAUGUAUCUGACCGGCAAGCUCAGCAUAGCAGUCGUGAUGAUGUCCCUGUACAUAUACACGUCGGAGAUCUACCCCACUCGGUACAGACACAGCUUAUUUGCUUUUUCUUCAAUGUUGGGGCGAAUCGGUGCUAUGACGGCUCCGCUCACUCCAGCAUUUGGUGCAUCGCUCUUUGAAAAGUUUCCAUCGGUUUUGUUCUGUGGCUUUGCCUUCCUGUCAGGCGCUUUACUGUUCCUAGCCCCAGAGACCCUCGGCACCAGGCUCCCUGACACCAUGGAGGAAGCUGCAGUGAUUGGCGCAAAGACGACAGAGCCUCAAGUGUGAACUAGAAUAGACAAGUAUCGUCUCUACAUAAACUAUUA